AUGUAUCGGUUACUAAUGAUGUUUUUAUUAAGUUUAGAUAUCAUAAGCCAAGCAUUACAAGAAACGUUUGGAGAUGACUCGGAUGUAGUAAGUAUGGAAAACGCGUUGCUUGUCCUGAAGAAUGUGCAAGAUACUAGCUGUAACGUCCACACCUCGUUCUAAGUUUAAAUUGACCAACCCUUUAUUAACUUACUUUAUCGACUUUUACACAACAUACAUGUCCACUAAUUAUUCAUGCAAAUUAUUCAUAAUGAGUUCGUAAUAAAUAAAAACAUUACACUAGCAUUGCUGAUGAUGUGGUAAGGUCAGGAAGGACCUUAACAGACAUCUGCUUUAACAGACAUCUGCUUUGAAAUUUCUUCACAAUGCCUACCCAAAUGGAAGGUGGUGGUUGAAAUCUGAUGAUACUGACAUUCAAGAGGGACUCAGAGAAUCUAUGAGAAAUGAAUGGUCAGGUGAUGUAGAUAUAGGAGAUGGUAAGUUAGGAAUUAAGUAGUACAAAUACUUAGAAUACCUUCAGCUUGUCCACAAUAUAGAGUUGAAGGACAGGGCUUCCUCUGACAACAUCAAAGAAGACCUUCAACAGAUGUGUUCUAAGCUAUCCUCAGAGAAAGAUUUCCUGACAAAUGUUCAUGCAGAUGCCAAAAAGUAUUACAAGAGCGUCCACGAUAUGGCCAACUCUACAGAGAAAGCAUUGCUUGCAUGUGCUUAA